GACAUCUUUUUUUGCUGGCAGUCACUCCACUAGACCUCACGGGAGGCUCCCUCAGAAACAAGAAAACCCCACAUGCUGACUGAGGCUUGGAACGAUGAGAUAGAGCUGACUGCCAAAUCACAACCCCUUUACUUCUGAGAAACCUCAAUUUCCAAAAUAUAUUUCUUCUAAACUAACAUGGAGCUCCACGGAAUGCAUAAAAUCUUUCAUCCAAGCCACCUUGGUGAGGAGAAGCAACAGAUGCUGAACCUGAACCGGCGCCUUGAAACCUACCUUUGUCGGGUCAAAUGUCUAGAGGAGGAAAAUGAAAUGCUUGCAAAUGAGAUCAAAGUUUUGAGGCACAACAACCAGGGGACCCUGACACGCAGGAGGGGCUUAGAGGAAGAGCUGAGACAGGCGAGAUUGGAAGUGGAUGCCGCCUGGAGGGAGAGGGUCUGCACAGAGGUGGAAGUUCAGAAACUAACUGAGGAGAUACAAGGCCUAGAGAUGCAGAGACAGAUGGAAGCUGAGGCCAAAAUGCUGGCCAAGACAAAGAUGGAGCAAAGCAGGAAGGAGCUGGAAGAUGAGCAGAGAGCACAGAUCUGGCUCAGGGAGAAGGUCAAUCAGCUGGAACAUGAAAUGAAAUUCCUAAUUCAAACCCACGAAGAAGAUGUGGCCCACCUGGAGGCCACUCUGUCCCAAUCCAGAGCCGAAAUGCUUCCAAACCAAAUACACAGGAGCAAACAGACGCCAGACCUCCUCAACAUGGGGCAUGAGUUUUCCCAGAGGGCGACCAGAGUGUGGCAGGAGGCCUCAGAGGCCUACCAGGGCCAGUUAGCUGAGCUGGAGGAGUCGCUUGAUCAGGCCAGGAGUCGUUUGAGUCAAGUUUGCCUAGAGAAACGUGAGAGCCAGCUAAAACUUCAGACUCUGGAGAAGGAGAUUGCCUCAGCUCAGGAUGUCAAGCUACAUCUGGAGAAGACCGUAGCCCAGCGCAGUGAGGAACACCGUCAGGAGAUCCAGCAGCUCGGGAUGCACUUAGAGGAGCUGGAGGUGGAAAAAGUGGAGUUGGGCCAGCAGAUAGACCACCUCCUUCAGGAGAACCACAGCCUGAUGCAGUUGAAGAUGUCUCUGGGUCUGGAAGUUGCAACAUACAAAGCUUUGCUGGAUGGUGAGGGCCUUGGAAGAGAUGCAGUUUUGUUGAAUAAGCCAAGAAGCAUUUCAAUUAGAGAUGCGGUUCUGAGUCCCUAUGGGGUUAAAAAGAAUUACCCAAUCCAGCUGUCUGCUAGCCUCAAGAACACUUACCCCUCAUCCGGCCAAGGCAGAACAGGAUCCAUAAUAACUCCAACACAAUUCUUGAGCAGAAGACCUGCAGCUUUAAGAGAACCCCCAAAGACUUCAAGCAAACCUGCAGAAACAGCUGCAGUAAAGUCUGCAACUCUAGAAAGCCCCUAUCCAAAAAUAGUUCAGAAUGGAGCAGCAGAAAACUUUAGGCCAGAGGAAGUUCAUGAAAAAGUCACUUAUGCUGAGCCUUUAUCACCUCCUAAUGAGGAAGAGGUAUCCAACAGAAUGUCUGAAGAUGAAGAUAAAACAAUGGUAGAAAGAGUCAUUGAGUCAGUUGUCAGCCAUACAGCAGUGUUAGGUCUCAGCAGGGAGGAACCUUUAAAUGAGAAAACUGGCAACAAGCAGUCCACAGCACUCAGCCCUACAUCAUGUGAUGUCAGAAUAACAGAGCUACCAUGUAACUUCUCAGAUGAGCUAUUGAAGGAUCUGGCCUUUGAAGGAGAAACUGAAGAAGAAAAAGUAGAAUACCUAAGGGCUCAAGCUGACGGGUCGACAAAAGCAGAGCAUGUUCAAGAUGAGACUUCAGAUUCAGAAACCGAAGCGAUGCUUGAACCGACCUUUGAAUCCAGACCAAGUAGUCCUGAAUCUGAAAUUGAGCCCCUUGAAAGUAUUUUUAACAGAAAUGAUGAAAGCAUUUCAAAUGUUGAUGCAGUGAUUAUGAGACAAGAAAGCAGCACUUCCACUGUGGAAGUUCAUGAAAGGGAUGAUGAGGACAAAUUAUAUCCUGAUGGGGAAGAGAUGGAUACAUGGGACAGUGUAAUAGAAAGAAAGGUCAGUGAAAGGGUAGAUGAUGGUGUAGAAAAUGAAGGGAACAAGCAACAUGCUGAGCCAGAGGAGGACUUAUCAACAAAAGAUCCAGAGGAGAACAGAAAGGUUGGUCAAGAAGUCAACAUGGGCUUUGUACUGCCACAGGUAGAUGAAGGACACCAUGCUAUAUGGGAGCUGGAGCAUUUUCCACCUCCUGACAAAGAAGAGGGAGGGGAUGAAGAGGACUCGCAGAAUGUCUCUGUGUCAUGGAGGACAGAGCUGGAGAGUGACAGCUAUGCUCAGGAUAAUACUCUUGCUGACACUCGUCCGCUGAUCCGAUACAAAAGUGAUGACACUGACGCCAACACCCAAGCGUCGCACUUUGACGAAAGUGAGUCCAGUGAAGGAGAACAGGAAAAGAAAGCUGGAGAGGCAGGAAGCGGAACAUGGACUGACGGCAAGCCAAAGACAUUUGGAACCAUGGAAGAUCUGUGUGAGGAAGUGGAAGAGGAGACAGUGGAUGAUGACUAUAAUAUGGGAUACACUCAUGUUGAAGAUAGGGAUGCUGAUCAAGGUAAAAAAGUAAGUGAGUAUGAUAUACUUUUGAAAGGUGCUGAAAAGGUUGAAGAAAUGGUGAUGAGUGGUGUUGAGGGAUAUUCAGAAGAGGAAACAGAAGAACUUACUGGAGCCACUGUACACACUAAUACAGAUUAUGAUGAGGAACUGGAGACAGACAGACUAGUGGAACAAGAGUUAGAAAAUUUGUCAACAGAUAGCUACAGUGCUCAUUUUGGACAUGAGAAGGUCAGAGAAGAUAUCUUAGAAAUGAAUCAAAAAUCCAUCACGGAAAUGAAAGAACAAGAAACUACAGGUAACACAUCUACCUGUGAGAGUGAAAACUAUGAGUCUGCUUUGACCACUGCAGUUAUAAGCAAGAGUUUAGAAAGGGAAUUUUUCAGUGAUUCAUCUCCUGAUAUACAGUUGGCAAGCACUCUGACUGAGGAGGAUGUGAAAGAACAAAAAGAGACUGAAAAAGCAGCAGGAGGUUCUUCCAGUGAGUUUGUCAAAUCUGAAUUUGAACCAGCUACUACAAUUACAAGAGAUACUUCAGAGAGGCAACUGUUCAGUGAUCCAUCUGUUGAACUACCUUCAACAAACGCUCAGCUUGUGAAUCAUCAAAAAGGAAUUGAAAAGUUAAUAGAGGACACAGAAUCCUCUGAGCCUGAAAUGAUUGUAAACUAUGAACAACUUGUAUCCCAAGAACAUCCCACUGAGGAUGCCGAAGACUUUCACAAGUUUCUUGAGGAUGGAGAAACAACUGAGUGGGAAAUCCCAGAAAACACAACAAAGGAAUCUGAAACAAGGGACCAGAUCAAACACGAUCUAAAGAAUGAUAACCUACACAAAAAGUCAGACGAAAUAAUCACACAUCAGGAAGAGGCUGCUGAAGUUUCCCUUGACAGUGCCCUGGAUGAAAACAAUAUUUUCAAAGUAAAGGAUGUAAAAGACAGCAGUUUCCAUAGUCUCUUCACCUCUGAUGGAAAGAAUGACUUCUGGGUGUCCUCUUUGGAGACUGGUGCCACUUACACACCAAACGAUGCCUGUAAUGAUUCUGCUGAGCAAACAAAACAUAAUCAAGGAUUUGCUGACAACAGGGAUUGGGGGUACUUGGAGAACCCAAAGGUAAUUAAUGGGAACUCCAAGGUGGAUAUUGAGCUGUCUGGCCUGGAUCGAACAGAAGAACAGGAGCAGGGAAAUGCCGAAGUGAAGAAGGUGUUUUUUAAAAAUGUAGUUGAGGGUGAGAUGGUCCAUUCUGAGGAAUCAGAUGUUGAGGCGGAAUCUUGGUCAUCUGGAGAGGAAACAGCCUAAAGAAGUGAAUGUUAUAGUCUAAUCAACUCAUAGAUCCAAAAAGAAAUUCUCAAGGGAUAUAUUGUGGUUUUAUUUGAUGCAUCUGAAACCGAAAGUUGCCUUUGUGGAUUUCUUAGAGAAUAAACAACCACUGUGCCCUCUCUUGCUACCUUAAUUGAAGACAGUUGUCUAACAUUUUCUUUUAUUCUGACAUUUAAAUUGUUCUACCUUUGUCAUAUGCACGUUGAGAAGAUUAGAAGUCUUUGCAUGUGAGAAGAGCAUGAAAAUAGAACAAAGUAUCAUUUGAAAGUCAAAACAGUUAUUGAUCACUGCCUAUUCUGAUUGUGCUGUUUAAUAGAAAUCAAUAAGACCAGCAGGCUAGGAUUCCUUGUAGAGCUGCCAUUGCAUUGUGACAACAAUUUCAAAUUCAUUAGCUUGCAAAUGAGUUGUCUUUGCAUGUGCUCCUCAUGUAGAAAGAAUGAGCGAUUGGUUUUCCUUCUCAUUGUAAAAGUUUAUUAAAGCUGUGGUAAUCUCAAAGUAGAAAAUAAAGCGUAGACUCAUA